AUGGAUAUUUCGAAGCCAGUUGGUGCUGAGAUCACCAGCAUUGACUUCAGUGUCUUGGCUUCUGAUGAGAUUCGUAAUUUGUCUGCGAAGCAGGUUACCAAUCCUACAGUUUUGGACAACUUGGGCCACCCUAUCCAAGGAGGUUUGUACGAUUUAGCACUUGGUGCGUUUUUAAAGAAUUUGUGUACAACAUGUGGGUUGGACGAGAAGUUCUGUCCUGGUCACCAGGGUCAUAUUGAGUUGCCAGUUCCAUGCUACAACCCGCUUUUCUUCAACCAAUUGUACAUAUACUUGAGAUCGUCAUGUCUCUUUUGUCAUCAUUUCAGAUUGAAGUCUAGCGAGGUGCACUUGUAUGCAUGCAAGCUAAGACUCUUGCAAUACGGGCUCAUUGACGAGAGAUACCAGAUUGACAACAUCAGAUUGAACCAGAUGGUUGACGUUGAUGAGGCCGAGGAAGGUGAGGAAGAGAGCUACAGUGAUAACAAGACCAAGAACAGCAGUGGUACGCAACAUUUGUUGAAGGAACUCAGAAUAAAGCGCAAUGAGUUUGUUGAAAUGUCCAUUGCGAAGGCAUUAUCCGACGGAAGGACCACCGAACACGGUACUUUCACCGCUACCGUCAAUGACGAAAGAAAGGCUUUGAUUCACGACUUCCACAAGAGACUGUUGUCUAGACCAAAGUGUGACAACUGUAGCAUGUUCUCGCCAAAGUUCAGAAAGGAUGGUUUCACUAAGAUCUUUGAGACUGCCCUCACUGAAAAGCAGUUGACUAACAACAGAGUUAAGGGUUUGGUCCGUGCUGACAUGAUCAAGAAGAAGAUGCAGAUGAAGAAGCUACAAACCAAUGGUGACUCUUCUUCCAAGGGCGACAAUGACGAAGAAGAAGAGGAAGAAUUCGGUACUGCCAGGUCUUCAAUCAACUUGAAGCCAAAGACAGGGUCCACUUACAUUCUCUCCACGGAAGUUAGAAAUAUUCUAAGAGCUGUUUUCAGAAAUGAACAAGAAGUACUACAGUACGUCUUCUACUCAAGACCUAACCACAGCAAUAAGAAGGUCACUGCCGAUAUGUUCUUCAUGGAAGUGCUUAUUGUGCCUCCAACUAGAUUCCGUCUACCUUCUAAACUUGGUGAUGAAGUGCAUGAAAACACCCAAAAUCAAUUGCUAUCGAAAAUCUUAACUACAUCCUUACUGAUUAGAGAUUUGAACGAUGAAAUGUCUCGCUUACAAAAAGAUAAGGUUUCGGCCGACGAUAGAAAGGUCAUCUUCAACAGAUUGAUGAACGCGUUUGUCACUAUUCAAAACGAUGUGAACGCAUUUAUCGAUUCCACCAAGGCUCAAAGUGGCUCGGGUAAUAAGGUACCAAUUCCUGGUGUUAAGCAAGCUUUGGAAAAGAAGGAAGGUCUUUUCAGAAAACACAUGAUGGGUAAGCGUGUUAACUAUGCUGCUCGUUCUGUCAUUUCCCCUGAUCCAAAUAUCGAAACCAAUGAAAUUGGUGUCCCACCAGUUUUCGCAACGAAAUUAACAUACCCAGAACCAGUAACUUCGUACAAUGCUGCUGAACUGCGUCAAGCGGUCAUCAACGGUCCAGACAAAUGGCCUGGUGCUACUCAAAUCCAAAAUGAGGAUGGCUCCUUUGUCUCCUUGGUUGGAAUGAGUUUGGAACAACGGAAAGCACUAGCUAACCAAUUGUUAACGCCUUCAACCCAUGAUGUCGCGCACUCCAUUAACAAAAAGGUUUACCGUCAUAUCAAAAACAGAGAUGUUGUUAUUAUGAACCGUCAACCAACUUUGCAUAAAGCUUCUAUGAUGGGUCAUAAGGUUAGAGUUUUACCAGGUGAAAAAACUUUGCGUUUACACUAUGCCAACACUGGUGCCUAUAACGCAGAUUUCGAUGGUGAUGAAAUGAAUAUGCAUUUCCCACAAAACGAAAACGCAAGAGCUGAAGCUUUGAACUUGGCUAACACCGACUCGCAAUACUUGACACCUACAUCCGGUUCCCCUGUUAGAGGUCUUAUCCAAGAUCAUAUUUCUGCUGGUGUUUGGUUAACCAACAAAGAUUCCUUCUUCACCAGAGAACAAUACCAACAAUAUGUUUAUGGUUGUAUCCGUCCAGAAGAUGGUCAUGCUACAAGAAACAAGUUGGUCACCAUUCCACCAGCUGUCAUGAAACCUGUACCACUAUGGACUGGUAAGCAAAUUAUCACCACAGUUCUCUUGAACACAUGCCCAGCUGACAUGCCUGGUAUUAACCUAAGUUCUAAGAACAAGAUCAAGAAUGACUACUGGGGUAAAUCCUCCGAAGAAAACAACGUUAUUUUCAAGGAUGGGCAACUACUAUGUGGUAUUUUGGAUAAAUCCCAAUAUGGUGCUUCCAAGUUCGGUAUCGUUCACUCUUUACAUGAAGUGUAUGGUCCAGAAAUCGCUGCAAAGAUUCUUUCUGUUCUUGGUAGACUAUUUACCAACUACAUCUCCUCAACUGCUUUCACCUGUGGUAUGGAUGAUUUGCGUUUGACUGAUGAAGGUAACAAAUGGAGAAAAGAUAUCCUAAAGAAGUCUGUUGAUAUCGGUAGAGUUGCUGCUGCUGAAGUUACCAACUUAGAUAAGGAUGUUACCUCUAAUGAUCCGGAAUUAUUGAAGCGUUUGGAAGAAAUCUUAAGAGAUGAUAACAAAUUGGGUAUUUUAGAUGCUAUUACCUCUUCAAAGGUCAAUGCUAUCACUUCGCAAGUUGUGUCUAAGUGUGUCCCAGAUGGUACCAUGAAGAAGUUCCCAUACAACUCUAUGCAGGCUAUGGCUCUAUCCGGUGCCAAGGGUUCCAAUGUUAACGUUUCUCAAAUUAUGUGUCUAUUGGGUCAACAAGCACUAGAAGGUAGAAGAGUUCCAGUUAUGGUUUCAGGUAAAACACUACCAUCUUUCAAACCAUUUGAGACAGAUGCUAGGGCUGGUGGUUAUAUUAAGGGUCGUUUCUACUCUGGUAUUAGACCACAGGAGUACUACUUCCAUUGUAUGGCUGGUCGUGAAGGUUUGAUUGAUACUGCAGUCAAGACAUCUAGAUCUGGUUACUUACAACGUUGUUUGACUAAACAAUUGGAAGGUGUCCAUAUCUCUUACGAUAAUUCCGUUAGAGAUGGUGAUGGUACUUUAAUCCAAUUCCUAUAUGGUGGUGAUGCUGUUGAUAUCACAAAGGAAUCUCACAUGACGGAAUUCAAAUUCUGUGUCGAUAACUACGACGCUUUGUUGAAGAAGUACAACCCAUCUGCAUUAGUUGAUCAUUUGGAUGUUGAGUCUGCAUUGAAAUACUCCAAGAAGGCAUUGAAGAACAGAAAGAAGAACGCUAAAUUACCUCAUUACGCUCAAACACCUAAAUAUGACCCUGUUCUAUCCAAGUUCAACCCAGCUAAAUAUCUAGGUGCUGUUUCAGAAAAUUUCCAAGACAAAUUAGAGAGCUUCAUUAAUAGCAAUGAUGAACUCUUCAAGAAAGACGCUAGCGUGAACGAAAAGAAAUUCAGAGCUUUGAUGCAAUUGAAGUACAUGCGUUCGUUGAUUAACCCAGGUGAAGCAGUCGGUAUCAUUGCCUCUCAAUCUAUCGGUGAACCAUCUACACAGAUGACUUUGAACACUUUCCAUUUCGCUGGUCACGGUGCUGCUAAUGUGACAUUAGGUAUUCCUCGUAUGAGAGAAAUUAUCAUGACUGCCUCAGCUGCUAUUAAGACACCUCAAAUGACAAUGCCUAUCAGGGAUGAUGUUUCUGAUGAAUUGGCAGAUACAUUCUGUAAAAACAUCACUAAGGUCAUGUUAUCUGAGGUCAUCGACAAGGUCCAAGUUACGGAAACUAUUGGUUCUCAAGAUUCUUCUUCUGCAUCAUCUCGUUCUUAUGUCAUUAAUAUCAACUUCUUUGAUGCCGCAGAAUAUUUGGAAGAGUACGAUGUCUCAAAGGAAGAACUACAAUCUGUCAUUUCUGGUAAGUUCAUCAAGUCUUUGGAAGCUGCCAUUGUUAAGGAAAUCAAGAAGCAAAAGAAGACUUCAUUGCCUGAUAUCGGAACUGCUCUACCUAAGUCACAAACGGCUUUGGCUGGUGAUGAAAGAGUGGUUGAUAUUGAAGAAGACAACGACGAAGAACAAUCCCGUAAGAAAUCAAAGGAAUCUGUUUCCUACGACGAACCUGAUGAUGAUGAAUUGGAGACCAUGAGACAAGCUGAACAGACUUCAGAUGAGGAAAUGAACUCCGAUAGCGAAGCCGAAUCUGAAUCUGAUUCCGAAUCUGAUUCCGAUGAGGACUUGAAAAAGGAAAGAAACGCCAAGGACAUGACCAAAGAACAACGUGAUCGUCAAUCUGCUCUAAUAUCAUCUACUAGAUUCGUUACCAAAUAUAACUUUGAUGACAAGCAUGGUAGAUGGUGUGAGUUCAAACUUGAAUUGUCUGCUGACACGGAAAAGUUGUUGAUGGUGAAUAUUGUCGAAGAUAUCUGUAAGAAAUCUAUCAUUAGACAAGUUCCACACAUUGAUCGUUGUGUUCACCCUGAACCUGAAAACGGUAAACGUGUUCUUGUUACUGAGGGUGUUAACUUCCAAGCUAUGUGGGAUCAAGAUGACUUCAUUGAUGUCAAUGGUAUUAGAUCUAACGAUGUUGCCGCUGUUCUAAAGACAUAUGGUGUUGAAGCAGCUAGAAACACCAUUGUGAACGAAAUCAACAACGUUUUCUCUCGUUAUGCUAUUUCUGUUUCCUUCCGUCAUUUGGACUUGAUUGCUGAUAUGAUGACUAGACAAGGUAACUAUCUUGCCUUUAACAGACAAGGUAUGGAAUCCUCAACUUCUUCGUUGAUGAAGAUGUCUUACGAAACAACUUGUCAAUUUUUGACCAAGGCUGUUCUUGACAACGAACAUGAAGAAUUGAAAUCACCUUCCGCAAAAAUUGUCAUGGGUAAAUUGAAUGGUGUGGGUACUGGUUCCUUCGAUAUUCUAUCUAAGGUUCCAAAUGUAAAAUAG